AUGCGUUGCUUCACCGGCCUCAUUCUCGGCCUGCUGGCCCUGGAGGUGGCCCUUGCUCAGAACCGACAGGAAAAUGUCUUCAACUUAGUUCAGUCCCUGUGUUCUAAAGCCAGCAUCAGUGAAAGCACCGAGUGUAUCAACAACCAGGAUAAGGAGUGUGCCCAGAAUCCCAUGUGUUGCUCUGGUUCCUGCAGCGGUACCUGCAAAACUUCCAUCAACAGCCCUCCCUGCAGCCUGACCCCCAACCUGGUCCCUGAGGUCUCUGGGCCACCAACAGUGCUGCCUGACAACCAGAGGAAAGACCUCAGCAAAUGA